AUGGAAUCAAAGGUAGACUUUGCGUCGCUCUCGCUCUUCCCGGCGACGCGUGCGCAGGUUGAGGAGUCGUGGUGCCGAACGUGGCCACAGUGGGGUGGCACUCUGAGUCUCACAGAGUACCUUGCGCGAGAAGUUGAGAUGGAAUCUAUGGAUCACGCAAAGGAUGGAAAGUUCAUCACCUGGGUGCUGGCGCCACGGGACGACCCAACCACUCUUAAUUUCAUGUGUUCCUGUGAGACAUUUAAGCGCUCAGGUCUUGUUGCUUAUCCCUCCUCUUCUACAUCUGAGCCCAACUCAGUGCACGAAGUAACCUGUUACGCCAUUGCAAGUGUCUUCACCCCACCCUCCAAGCGCGGGCGCGGCUACGCAAGCCAUAUGAUGAGCCUCUUACAUUGGGUCAUCGCCUCGCGUGUAAAUCUCCCAAAGUUCCCAGAGGCAUGGGGCGCACCACCGGAACAGGUAGCAGAAGCCAGUGAAGGACUGUUCUCUUGCCUGUACAGCGAUGUUGGGGAAGACUUUUAUCGCUCGGCAGGCCCUGGAGGUAAAGAGGGUGGAUGGGAGACGCAGGGAGCCGUUUCGACUAUUUGGGACGUGGGCGCAGAGGAGGGGGAUGACAAUGAAUGGACGUGGUUGACGCAGGAGCAGCUGAACGGGCUGUGGGAUCGCGAUGCUGGGCGCAUUAAGAAAGAGCUGGAGAAGAUGUUGACAAGCGACACCUCAUACGAAGUGGAACGCCCUGCAGCAUUCGUGACGUGCCUGCCAACCAACGGUGUCUGCGGGUUCCACAUCUCACGUUCAACAGACAUUCCUGGGCUAAUUUCGAAGAUCAGACAGGCGGCUAGACGAAGCGGAAUUGGGAAAGUAGAAGUGUGGAAAUUGGGAGAAGGAUUAAGAGGUAUUGCGGAGAGGACGGGUGGGCAGACGGGCAUACGAAACGAACAUUUGCCACAGAUGAUGUGGUAUGGACCUGGAACGAUGGGGAAUAUAGAGUGGGCGUAUAAUGAGAAGUGA